AUGAACGGGGUACCAGUAAACUUUGAAUACGUUCGACACUCUCGACUCGAUGGUAGGGCGUAUUUCCAGGACCCGAAAUACCCGCAACUGAUCCAAUUCGUGGAGAACGGCAAAUGGGUGUCAAUUCAUGUGUUAUGUAUAAAGCCGUACAUUAUGGAUGAGAACAUGAAGAAGAUUGUGGAAGAUGCGAAGAGGUCACUUCCUGAAAAACAAAACUCGACCGAGACGCCCAGUCCCUCUCAGCGUCCAACUUUGCUACCCCUCGAAUCUUAUCAUGCGAACAUAGUCCCAAAGGCCCCGCACCACAACACUGUCGAGGGGUACAGAGAACCGCAAAGACAACUCCUUCCCGCACUCAAGUCGGGCGCAUCGGUAUCCACAUGGAGGUAUUCCUACUCUGAAGCACAUGGGGCGGAGACACAGCGCGGGCAGGCCGCUCCUGGCAGUCACCAUCGGAGACCUGAUUACUACAGCAUGCCAAGCCACAUCGAGCGGCCACAGGCUGCGCCCAUUGUUAACAAGGGAGAUUUCAGUCAUCAGUCCACAGUUUUGCUGUCUAGAUGUUCGCACCGCACUAGCAAUACGUCUAUCUAAGCAAAUGGUGUAAAGAAUGUUUUUAG